UUGCCAUGAACACAAGUUCCUCCUUACAGUCUCUAAAGCAUCCAGGGGCGUGAUAGACAUGCCGUCACAGUAGCCAAAGCCAUGACGAGCCAAGUAAGAUAGACACAGAGCUGAACUGGGGCCAGCCUUUGGUGAUGGCGGAUAUUCUGGCGCUGCAAACAGAUGGCAAUUCCCUACUUAGGGCAGUGUGGCUUCGACGCCUACGCCUUACCAGGCUUCUCCUAGAAAGGGGAGCCUAUAUCAAUGAAAGCAAUGAUCUUGGGGAAACACCCCUUAUGGUUGCUUGUAUUUCCAAACACUCUGACCAGCAGAGUGUCAGCCAAGCCAAACUGGUUAAGUACCUUUUGGACAACAAUGCUGACCCUAACAUUCAAGACAAGGCAGGUAAAACAGCCCUUAUGCAUGCCUGCAGUCAGAAGGCUGGACAUGAGGUGGUUUCUCUACUGCUGUCCAACGGGGCAGAUCCCAGUCUAGAGGACAGUAGUGGAUCAUCUGCUUUAGUUCAUGCUGUUAACGCAGAUGAUAAAGAGAUCCUUAAAGUGCUUCUGGAUGCCUGUAAAAAAAAGGGCAAGGAAGUCAUUAUUAUAAUGACAGACAAGUCACCCUCUGGCACCAAAACCACCAAGCAGUACCUGAAUGUUCCCCCUUCUCCAGAGCUGGAUGAGAAGGGUUUCCCUACCCCAUGUGCUUGCCCUUUAGACACUGACCUAGGCACCCUGCCCUGCAAGGAAACAGACCCACCUACUGCAUUCUCUUUUCAAAGCAAGUGGAAGUCAUCCUCUAGUCUGGCAGCUAAACUUCCCAAUGGUCCUUUUUCUACUACCAGUAAGCCCAUAAAUUCCAAGCGGGCACGUCUCCCACAACUGAAGCGCCUCCAGUCUGAGCCCUGGGGGUUGAUUGCACCCUCUGUGUUGGCUGCCACAAAGGGGGAGAGUAUGAGGGCCAGUAGUGAUGAAGAUGUUGUAACUGGCAUUAAUGGUCUGUCUCUCUCCACAAGAAAACCUCUCUCUAAACAAAACAGUGUGGAUAACAAAGACAUAAUGUUUUGGUCUGGAGGAGAGCAGUUAAGUAAAAUUAGCUCCACUUCUUCCCUCCCUUCCUCUUCCAAGGUCUCUUAUAAAGAAUCUUUGCGUCAACACCAACCUCUGACACAACGUAACACUGUCCCAUAUGAGCAAGAGGUUUCUUCUGGAACCUGUGGUCCUGCUGGCCUCAAAGAAACAUCGCACCGGAGGAAAUUAGGAAAUAACCAUUAUGACUCAGACUCCCAAUUGUAUCUGGAAUCUGGAGUACUAGAUUCUCCCAAGGUUUCUCUGGAAAGGAAAAAGCCUAACACAUCAUCACUGGCUAUGCUAACAUGUUCACAGGAGUCCCUGGACAGUAAUGCUAGCACUUCCUCUCCAAGCACAGCCAGAUGCCGAGCACUUGGGCAACUAGAGAGGCGUGGAUCAGGUACUCUGCUGCUGGACUACAUAUCUCAUACACGGCCAGGUCACCUGCCUCCUCUAAAUGUCAACCAAAACCCUCCUAUACCUGACAUAGGGGCCAGCAUCAAAGUUUCCUCUACGUUUAUGGCAGAAUUCCAGUCCAUAGCUCCUGUAGCACCGAACUGACCAAAAAAAAGCAAUCUCAGGAUAAAAAAGCAGCUUGUAAGAAGACAAUCUAUGCAACUAUAGCAGAUGAAACAGCUUUUAGACUUUGAGGAGCUCAGCCAUCAGUGUGUGUAGCUGUAGCAACUCCUAUUUUAGGGAAAAAAAAAGCAAACAACUGCU